CCAAGAGUUCAUGAUACGUGACAUACAGGAGAAACCCAUACAUAUUCAUUUCUUCUUUUUUUUUUUUUUUACUUCUUCAUACACUUGCUAAUAAACAAUGAUCGACUCAGAGAGUGCUCCAGAGAGUAAGGCUGAUAAGCCUCUUAGAUUCCACUCAACAAAGGAGAUGUUUGAGAAAAUGGAAGAGUCGUUCAAAAUAUGUGCACAUUGUGAGAAGCUUCCAUCGCAGAUCACAGGCACACUGAAGAGAUGUGCACGUUGUCUGAACGUGUAUUACUGCAGUAAGGACUGUCAGAAGAGAGAUUGGUCUCAGCAUAAACUCUACUGUAACAAACUGCGCAUGGCUGCUGUCGACAGACACGUAGAAUGGCUCAUUUAUAAAGGAGAUCUUCCUUUCUCCAUGGAGGUGUGGUCUCGCCCUGCUAAUAAAGUGAGGUGUUGGGACGACUGGCUGUCUAUGCAGGGCGAUCUGACACCCCGUCUGGAGCCCAUCCUGUCUGGACAAAACAUGACAGAUCUGUGGACCAAUGCCUGCCGACCACGGCCGGAGGAGGCGGAGCUUCGCGAGUCAGUGUGGCGUGUGUGCAGCGAGUUCCUCUCGCGGCCACUUACGAUCGGUACGGGGCUGAAGAUGUUUAACUUAGAUCCGUAUUCUCGCCCUCUGACCGUACAUCUUGUUGGCACCGGUCACAACGAGACCCUGGGAGCCAGAACGACAGACAUGGACGAGCUCAGCCGCAUGUUCCCGGGGCACCAGGGUCUGGAGGUGGUGAUGGUGGGGCCAGAGGUGGUGAAGGGGCCCAUCAUGAGGCCCCCGCUGAGGGCUUUUGGACCCCGAGGAAGAGUGUACAUCAGUGCUUACAAGGGCCUCUAUCAUCAGUUCUGGGAGGACGUUGUAGAGAAAGGAGAAGCAGCUAAACCAGAUCUCGUGGUUGGAUUUCACCCAGGGUUUGCUGGACAGGAACUGAGUGAGGAUUGGUUGCCGACACUUCUGCUGCUUCGAGAUUACAACAUCCCGACUUUGUUCACCAUGAUCAAUGACGCUGACGUGCAGAGUUCUCUGUGGAUGUUUUUAGAGUUGGAGAUGAAUGUGAAAGACACUGGCUCAAACCCCUUCAGCUCUCUAAAACCUGAACAACUGCCCAAGAGCCCCCACAAAGCGCCCAGUUACGGCAACGCGCACUAUAUUUCUUUCCACGGCCUGCUUGAGACACAAGAGGAAGAAGAGCAGAAAUAAUACUGGACAUCUGAACACCAACAAAUCAUGAGCUUGUUUAAAGCUUCGUCCACACUAAUACAAUUUCCCAACAUUUAUGCCUCUCGUCCACACAAGCGUUUUGUUGUGUGGAUGUUGCCUAAAAUAGCUAGUGACUUUAGAAAAGUCUUUGAAGUUGUAGUCAUAGUGAAAAGAUACAUUUGAAGCUUUGUUCAUGCAGUGCAUGUAAUUAACAAGAAUUUGGAAAGGUGAAUAUGAUGUGAAAUGAAA